UUCCCACUGCUGAAUCCCAAUGACAUCAGUUCCUCUAGUGGCAGCUCGGGCGGAGCAUUUGCAAAGUGUAAAGUAAGAGUCGGAGCUACAGCCCCAGCAUUCGAAAGAGAGAGAGGAGAAAGAAAGUAUUUGGGGAGAAAGCAUGAGUACAAACUCGAAUGUGUCGAGCAUGCAGCGGAUGGUAGAGCAGCUGAAGUUCGAGGCAGGGAUCGAGAGGAUGAAGGUUUCGCAGGCUGCCACCGAACUCCAGCAGUAUUGUGUCCAGAAUGCCUGUAAAGAUGCGCUGUUGGUAGGAUUACCUGCGGGAAGCAACCCCUUCAGAGAACCUAGGUCCUGCUCCCUUCUCUAAAACCAGGAAAUUGGACACUUUUGGAAGAUGUGUGUCUAUGAAUAAUGUUGCCUCUUCAUGAAGAACAUCUUUCCUGUACUGUUACUUCAUUCUUCGCCAAAACGAUUUCUGUAUUUAUUAGUAUCUUUAUAACAGUUUCCUACUAAUCUGGCAAUAUUCUACCUUUUGUGGAAAAUGGAUGUUUUUGCAUUAGAAACCCAAUAGCAUUGGGCAGAUUGGUGGCAAUGAAAUGUCUUGUUUUCAACUUGUAAUAUGCUUACAGUUGGUUGAAGGUCAAGAGGUUGAUUAUGUGUGAAAUUGUUGGGAUUUUGAUGUAACUAAAAAUCAUACUACAAUUGUGCCCACAUUUAACAUCUUCAUUAUUAUUUUAGAUAAAUGAGGUAAACCUACAUGGGCAGUUACAGGUUAGUCAGUCCCAUAACUGGUGGGUUCUUGGAAGGAAAGUUGUUGCCAGUAGUGCUGAUCAGCUUAACUGCAUUUUGCUUUGAAGAUGGGAGUCCUAGAUUAAUGAUUAGCAGUAAAAUAACCCCAAUAAAUUUGGCAUCAUCUCACCAGUGCUAUAGUAAAUAUCUGUAAUACCAGUGUGUUUAAUUUUAUUUUUAAAAACCGUUAAGUUUGUUCUAAUUAAAGAAAAUGAAGCCACAUGGUGAGUGUAUUGUCCAUUGGAUAGUGGAGCAUUGUUGAGUAGACUUUGUGCAUGUUACUGCUUUUUUCACUGCCAUUAAAGAUAACCAGUCAUAGACAUAACUUAGGCCUUUACAAUGUUAACUUUGUAGGUUAUGAGAAAAGAAACAAGUAAUUUUCAAAAUAACUACUUGAAUGUUAAUCACCAAGUCAUCACAAAAAAUUGUGGCCAUUCUUUUUGAGUUGCUGUGACAUGGCAGGCAAUCAGCUGCCAUUAAUACCUUACCCUUUUCUUUAAUUAUUAAUUGUAACCAUUGUAACAGCUAUGUAGCAUAUUUGUAUGGUUCCAUUAAAUUUAUUUGAAAGAGAAUUUUUAUUAAAAAGUAUUUCGUGAUGCGGUGCUAAACGAAUAGCUUGGCGAAUCAGUAUAGUUUGAUCACAUAACCGAAGUUCAGCCUGUACCUUUCUUCGAUGUGUGUUGCAUUGGUACCAAUUUCACACAAAAUGAUCUUCAGCCUCAAUCACGUAAAAUUGAAAAUUUCUGUGUGUCGUGAUUUCAAUCAUUUUAAACCUGCUGUGCAUGUGUAAACCUAAAACAUUUAUUAAUUUGUCAGUUUAAUGAUUAAAUGUGUUUAUUCCAUUCCAGGAUAAUAUAAAUUGGAAUUGCAUCAAAGAUUAAUGAAUUUGAUAACAAUCUGUUUAAGUAUCUGAAUUGUGGCGUGUAACAAAUGCAUGACUUUGGAAGGUUUUUGUUUUUUUAUUAAAAUAAAUAACAUUUUAA